AUGCUUGCAGUAAUAUUAUUAGCUCUACUUGUUAGGGCAGAAAAUCCUCUUUGCAGUUUGUGGGGAACACCACAACUGCCGCUGCUUUCCAAAGAUGGAGAUAUAAUCAUUGGAGGAAUCUUUUCAUUCCAUGACAAUGUUUUAAAUUCUAAGCCAUCAUUCUCAGCAAUACCCGGAGCUCUUAAGUGUAAAGAUAUAAAUUUUAGAGAAUAUCAGGCUGCUGUAGCUGCAAUAUAUGCCUUGGAAGAGAUUAACAACAGCACAGAAAUAUUACCUGGAAUCAUUUUGGGUUACAAAAUAUAUGAUGACUGCAGUUCAAUUCCAUUAGCAGCGAAUGCAGCAAUGGCUCUGAUUAGUAACCAGGAAAAAGAAGAUCACUCUGAAGCCAUAUGCACAAAAGCUCCUAUUAUUGCAAUUAUAGGACCAUCUGGCUCAUCACCAAGUAUAGCAGUUGCAAGAACUGUAAGACCAUUCCAAAUACCUAUAAUAAGCUAUUUUGCCACAUGUGCCUGUCUGAGCAACAGAAACCAGUUUCCAACAUUUUUCAGGACCAUACCCAGUGAUUAUUAUCAAAGUUCAGCCUUGGCACAGCUUGUCAAGCAUUUUGGAUGGACUUGGGUAGGAACAAUAAGAAGUGACAAUGAUUAUGGCAACACAGGAAUGGCUACUUUCUUGCAAGCAGCCCAACAGACAGGUAUCUGUGUUGAAUAUUCAGAAGCUAUUUACAGAACCUAUCCAAGAGAAAAAUUUCUGAAAACUGUUGAGGUAAUAAAAUCAUCCUCUUCUAAAGUUAUUGUAGCUUUCACAUCAUUUAUAGAUAUUGAGUUUCUCUUAAAAGAGCUGUUACUUAAUAAUGUCACAGGAUUUCAGUGGGUUGGCAGUGAGGCUUGGAUUUCCACUGAAAAUCUCGCCACACUUCAAAGUUUUAGCAUUUUUGGUGGAGCAAUUGGAUUUGCAAUCAAUAAUGCAGAGAUAAAAGGUUUAAAGGAUUAUUUGCUGAAAGUCAAAACAUCAGACACUCCAGGAAAUAUGGGCUUUAAUGAAUUCUGGGAACAUACAUUUUCCUGUACACUAAAAACACAGAAUGGAACUUCAAUCAGUAAUUUAUGUAAUGGAUCUGAAAGUUUAAGCAAUGUGAAUAACCAAUACACUGAUGUGACUGAAUUAAGAAUUACCAACAAUGCAUAUAAGGCAAUGUACGCUAUUGCAUACGCUCUUCACAGUCUGUUUUCAUGUACCGAAAGUGCUGGGCAAUUCACCAAUAAAACGUGCAAAAAUAAGAUAAAGGCUGAUCCAUAUCAGGUACUAGAUUAUAUUAAAUCUGUAAAUUUCACAUCUAAGAAUGAAGAAAAUGUCUACUUUGAUAAAUAUGGUGAUCCAGUUGCUAGAUAUGAGUUAAUAAACUGGCAAAUCAAUAAAGAUGCUGUCAUAAAAUUUGUCACUGUUGGCCACUAUGAUGCCUCCUUACCUGAGGGAGAGCAGUUCAUUAUGAACAAGAUUGGGAUUGUUUGGGCGGAGAAGCAGGAAAAAGUUCCAAUAUCAGUGUGCAGUGCAAGCUGCCAGCCAGGAAAUCGAAAGGCAAUUAGAAAAGGAAAACCCAUUUGUUGCUUUGACUGCAUCCCGUGUACCGAGGGAGAAAUCAGCAACAUGACAGAUUCCCUUGAUUGUUUAAGGUGCCCAGUGGAAUAUCACUCAAAUGAAAGAAGAGAUGCAUGUAUCCUAAAAGAAACUGAGUAUUUAUCAUAUGGUGAACUCAUGGGUGUGCUUUUAUUGACAUUGGCGCUGGUAGGAACUGGCAUCUCCAUUAUUGUAGCAGGAGUCUUCUACCAUUACAAAGACACCCCCAUUGUCAGAGCCAAUAAUUCUGAACUGAGCUUCCUGCUGUUGUUCUCUUUAACUCUUUGCUUCCUUUGUUCUCUUACUUUUAUUGGAGAGCCGUCCAUUUGGUCAUGCAUGUUGCGCCACACUGCAUUUGGAAUUUCAUUUGUCUUGUGCAUCUCAUGCGUUUUGGGAAAAACUGUUGUAGUGUUAAUGGCAUUUAAGGCAAACCUACCAGGUAGUAAUAUUAUGAAAUGGUUUGGGCCAACCCAGCAGAGGUUAAGUGUUUGCAUGUUCACACUUGUGCAAGUGUUGAUAUGUGCAAUUUGGUUAACUAUAACCCCCCCAUUUCCAAACAGAAACAUGAAAUAUUACAAGGACAAAAUUAUUUUGGAAUGUAAUGUAGGCUCACAAAUAGCAUUUUAUUUGGUUUUAGGAUACAUUGGCUUUCUUUCAGUCAUAUGUUUUGUUUUGGCUUUUCUGGCUCGUAAUUUACCAGAUAAUUUCAAUGAAGCUAAAUUCAUCACUUUCAGCAUGCUCAUAUUCUGUGCUGUGUGGAUCACCUUCAUUCCUGCUUAUAUCAGCUCACCUGGAAAGUAUACUGUAGCAGUAGAGUUAUUUGCAAUUUUAGCCUCAAGCUUUGCCUUACUUUUCUGUAUUUUUGCUCCCAAAUGUGUAGUAAUUAUAUUAAAACCAGAAAAAAAUACAAAGAAAGGUUUAAUGACUAAAACCUCUUCAAAAUAG